UCUCGCCAUUUCCACCAGCCCCAAUUCUAAUCCUUCCAUUGCACCUUUCACUCACUCACUCACUCACUCGUUCACUAUUAGUUUUAUUGAAUUUGCUAAAAUCCUUGAUUUUGUUUUCGACCCAAUUCAUCAUCAUGUACAAUUUAGAGAAGACACGAACUAGAGACGACAACAGGUUCCUAACUCCUUCAUUCUCUUCCUCCCUCUUAGACCAAAUUUACCGUUCCAUCGACGACGCCGAGAAAAACACCUGCCAAACCAACUUCUACACACACACAACAAUGCCCACUAACAAACACACCACAACCAAUGCCAAUCUUAGACCCACCCAAACACACACUAACGUUAAAACCGACACAAAAUCAAAACACCGUCAUUUCGAUCACGACCAAGAUGUUCUCUUCUUCAGUUCCACUUCCAUUUCCUCCGAUUCUAGCUCCACAGGAUUCUCCUCCUCCGACACCGAAUCCAUCUCACGCGCCUCGCGUUUCGCGCCCAAGCCCGUCAGAACCUGUUCCUCGUUCAGAUCCGAGAAACAGGGAAAUCGCAUGUUCGAUGGUUUGUGUCGAAGUUCCAACACCCAGGAAGAAAACAUAGCGGUUCGCGAUGGAGAAGCGUUGAUAAAGUCCAAAUCCAGAGCGCUGAAGAUUUACAACAAUCUCAAGAAGGUGAAGCAACCCAUUUCACCCGGUGGCAGAGUCUCGAGUUUCCUCAACUCGCUCUUCGCCAACACGAAGAAAAAUAAUCGACACGCGUGUGAAGAAGACGAGAGAAAAGUUAAACCCAUUCGAACUGUUUCUUCUUCUUCUUCUUCGUCUUCUUCUUCCACGUGUUCCUCUGCGUCUUCGUUUUCGAGGUCUUGCUUGAGCAAAACCCCGUCUUCUGACAGGUUGUGCAAUGGGGUGAAGAGAACGGUGCGUUUUUACCCCGUGAGUGUGAUCGUGGGUGAAGAUAGUAGACCGUGUGGCCAAAAACGUUUGUGUGAAGAAAAAGGCACAGGCUUGGUGAAAACGUGGAAAUUUGGUAAGAGAAAAGAGGAAGAAGAAGCUUCUAGAGAGUUCUUAAAAGAUUACUCUCACAAGCAGAAGAAGAGCAACGAUUUGGUUUUAAGGAGAAACGUUAACGUUAAUUGCCGUGAAGAAGUAGAACAUGACGACGACGAUGCUUCAAGCUGUGCAAGUUCGGAUCUUUUUGAACUUGAUCAUUUAGCUGUGUUUGGAAGUAGUAGGUAUAGUGAAGAGCUUCCGGUGUAUGAAACUACUCGUGUUAGUACCAAUCGCGCCAUUGCUAAUGGCCUUGUGCUGUAG